AUGCGUGUCUCGCCUCUUGCUCUGGCUGCUUCCCUCUCGCUGGGUGGUGUGAACGCCGCUCUCAGCAUUGUUCCUGGGGCAACAUGGACUGCCACAAACACCGUCUUCUACCCCGCAAGCAACGAAGCGGAAGACGUGCGUCGUCGGAAGAAAAAGAAAAAGCACUCACUGACCGAGGAGAACAGCGAGGAAAAUGGCGUCUACUACAUGAUCGGCGAGGAAAAGACCGACGGCGCCCUGUUCCAGGCGGUCAACUGCUACUCCUCGACCAACCUCAUCGAAUGGAGCUUCGAGGGCCGCCUCCUGAGCCGCACCGAGGAGGCCGGCGACCUCGGCCCGAACCGCAUCAUCGAGCGGCCCAAGGUCACCAAGAACGACGCCACCGGCAAAUACGUCCUCCACCUGCACGUCGACUCCCAGGACUACAAGGACGCGCGCGUCGGCGUCGCCACGGGCGACACCGUCUGCGGCGAGUACGAGUACAUCCGGAGUUUCCGCCCCUUUGACUACCAGAGCCGCGACAUUGGCAUCUUCAAAGAUGACGAUGGAACGGGAUACCUCUUGACCGAAGACGUGAGUCUUCUUCUUCUUCUUCUUCUACUUCUUGAGUGGUGGAUUGUAGUUGUUAUUGUUGUUGUUGCUGACAAAAGACGGCAGCGCGAGUACGGAACCCGUAUCAUCAAACUCACGGACGACUAUCUCGAUGUUGCCGAGGUGACCUUCGGAUGGGAAUACUUCGCCGAGUCGCCGGCGCUGGUGAAGCGCAACGGCACUUACUUCAUCUUUGGCUCUCACCUUACAGGCUGGAACCCCAACGACAACGUCUACAGCUACGCCACGUCUCUCUCGGGCCCCUGGUCCGAAUGGACCGAGUUCGCGCCCGUCGGCUCCAAGACCUACAGCAGCCAGGUCAGCUUCGUCCUGCCGCUGGGCACCGACAAGGCCAUCUACAUGGGCGACAGGUGGCACUCGACGAACCUCGCCGCCAGCACCUACGUCUGGCUCCCGCUGCGGAUCGAGGGCACCUCGGUGACGCUCGACUGGCACGACUCGUGGAACGUCGAUGUCGCGGCCGGCACCUGGUCCGAGUCCACCGUCACGACCGAGAUCGAGGGCGAGACCGCGGCGCUGGCCAACGGCGCCCGCGUCGUCGACUGCUCCCAGUGCAGCGGGUCCUCGGCGGCCGGGUACCUCGGCGGGGACAUCGACGGCACCGCGACGUUCGACUUCAGCGUGGCCGCGGCCGACCGCGUCACGCUCAUCGUCAACCACAAGAACGGCGACAAGCCCUCGCGGUACGCGGCGGUCUCGGUCAACGGCAAGGAGCAGGCGGUGGCUUUCCUGUCCACGUCCCAUCUCUCUACCACCGGGAGCAGUGCCGUCCAUGUCGAUUUGGUCCAGGGGGAGAACACCGUCACGUUCUCGAGGUCGAAAGGCUGGGGGCCGGAUGUCGACCAGCUUGUCGUUCCUCAGUAG